UCUAAUGUUCAGAGAAAGAAAAGUGAUGAGACUGAACUGGUCAGAUUCAUUCAACACUUGCACAGAGACAGUUUCAGCUUCUGAACAACAGAGCUGAAUAUUAAAUACAGCAAAGGUGGAUUCUUUCUUAACUGUGUAGAAAAGUUUUAUUCUCUUGUUUAAAUAAUUUUUGGAGGAGAGAGAUGCAACAAAGAUCAGAACCGUUUACAGUCAUAAUAUUAGUGGAAAUGAGUCAGAUACACAGAGUCCAUGUGUGUCAGCUCCUGGUUUUCAUGCGGUGUGUGCCGGUGCAGGCUCAGUGGUGCAGGUUCUUGUGAAGGACCUGGUCCCCGGAAGCUGAGAAACAGAAAGUGUUUAGUGUUGAGUCAGUGACGCAGCUCGGAGCCGUUAGAUGCUCCGUCAGUGAUGCUGCAGUGAUGGAGCUGAGAUCAACAGCGAUGGAGCUUCUUCCUCUCGUGUGUCUCUGUCUCCUGACUUGGUCUGGAACAACGUUUGCUGAUGGAAACGAGCCAAAGAUCAUCGGUGUGACAGAAGGAAGUGAUGUAACUUUACCCUGUUCCCUCAGCUCCAGAGAGGACAUUCAGGGAAAACGCUUUGAGUGGAAGAAAGAUGGUCAGGAGGUGUUCCUGUAUGAUGGUAGUCCUCUAUCUGGCCAAGAUUUACAGUUCAAAGGUCGUGUCUCAUAUUUUAAAGAAGAACUGAAGAAUGGAAACGCCUCCAUAACCAUCAGAGAUACAAAGCGGGCUGACAAUGGAAUCUACACCUGUGAUUUCCCAUAUCUUCAGCCAAAACGUCAAACAUUCCACAUUCAGCUGGUUUUCGGUGCAGCUCCAAAGCCAUUUAUCAGGAUACUUGGUGAAACGAAGGACGGGGAACUGGUGCAGUGUGAGGUUUCAGGAGCUUCUCCUAAACCACUUGUACAGUGGAAAGACAGUUCUGGAAACAUCCUUCCUGCUAAAGACCCUCAGGUCUCUGAGAGAGGAGGACGUUACGACAUCACCCUCCAAACUACUGUGACCGAGACUGGCAACUACACCUGUGUAUCCACACAGGAGGAAAUCAACCAUCAGAUUUAUUCUGAGACUUUUGUGCGCGUCAAUGGUGCUCCACAGCUGCACAUGAGUGUAGUUUAUGGAUUAAAGGCUGGGGUGCAGCUGCAGUGUGACGUUCAAGGUGCCUCUCCCCAACCUAAUGUACACUGGAAGGACAGUGAUGGAAACAUCCUUCCUGCUGAAAAAUCACAGGUCUCUGAAGAAGGAGGCCACUACCGCAUCACCCUCCAAGCUACUGUGACCGAGACCAAGCGCUAUCACUGUGUAGUCACACAGGAGAAAACGAACCGUCAGACUGAGGCCUCUGUGUUUGUUAAUGGGGCUGGAGUGCAGUUGCAUGGUUCAGAUGAUGUGUCCAGAAAAGUGAUGAUUGGACUCAUAGCUGCAGUCCUUGCUGAGUUGUUGUAGGUUUAUCUUCACUUCACUGCAACUGGCUGUAAGAAAGGUUCAUCAUGAGACAAAAGGGAGAACUUUACAAGAAGGAGAGCAGAGUCAGAUCAGCAACGUCCACUAUGAAGUUAUCUGCAGGGGUGUGUGUGUGUGUGUGUGUGUGUGUGUGUGUGUGUGUGUGUGUGUGUGUGUGUGUGUGUGUGUGUGUGUGUGUGUGUGUGAAUGAGAGGCUAAAUGUAAAGAGCUUUGGAUGAAAUAAUUGUAUUAAUGCAGCCAUUUACCAUUUACUCUCUUACUUACUAACAUAUCUUAAUAAUUAUGUUUGAAUCAUGAAUUUUUCAUGACCAAAUUUUGCCCAAUAUAUAUAACUUUUUAUUUACUCUUGCAGUUGCUUGGAAUAAUGUUUUACAUGCUGGCAUUAAAUGUUCCAGAACUGAAUCUGGGGCUUUGCAGUAUUUUCAGUGUGACUGGAGUUAAUGAGGUUAUUUUUUUAAUUUGUAUAAUUUAUAUCACUGAAUCAGUUGAAAGGCUGUUGUUGAUCCAUAGUCUCUAGUUAAAUGUUACACAAUCACCCUAAGAUAAUAGAUGAAAAUAUAAAGUCAAAUGAAAAAAAAACUAAUAAAAUCUAAAAUUACAUUUUUGAAAAUGUAAACAAACAGAAAUCUUAAAUGCUAAACUCCCAGGCAGCUGGUGAAGGAUGGAAAGUCUUAAACUGCUUGUAGCUGUUGACUGAGUCGGACAUUGACAAAAACAGUCAAAUCAAAUGUGCUGUUCUGCUGAAUGUGAAGCUUCUGCAGCUAAAGUGAAACAUAAUGUGACUUAUUGUUUAUUUUCAUCUCUGUGUUAUUGAGGUUAUUUGGGACAAUCAUGUUGCUUCACAACAGUUUGAAUAAAAGCUGAAAACUAUCAAACUGGA